GACCAUGUCCUCCACCACCAGCAUUGCCUAUUUACUGAUGAUUGCCGUGACUGUAGGGGUGGCAACCGCACAGUCACCUGCGCCGGCGCUGGAUUGCUUCACAUACCUACUAAAACUGUCGGAUUGCCUGACAUUCGUAGAGGAGGGCAGCAAUCUAAGCCAACCGGCGCCGGGAUGCUGCCCGGAGCUGGCUAAUUUGGUGGAUACGCAGCCAAUCUGCUUGUGCCAGCUGUUGGGGGACCCCUCGCACUCGCAGAUUGGGAUCUCCGUUGAUUUAAACAGAGCUCUUCAGCUGCCUUCUCUUUGCAAUGUCAUCACCCCUCCGGUUAGCUUGUGUGCAGCCAUCGGUAUUCCUCCUACACCAAGUGAUGCCCUUUCACCAGGUGGGGACGAAUUAGCAUUGCCGCCAUCUCCCGGUGGGGAUAAUGGAAGCGCAACCAAUUUAGUCUCCAAGCACCAUUUCCUCAUUGGAUUAGCACCUCUUUUCUGCGUAUAUUUUUUCUAAUUCUUCCAUUCUAAUUUCUAUGUAUUUCUUCAUUUUAUCCUUUGUAUGCUGUAGCUAAUUGAUUACACGGUUCGAUCAUAUAUCUAUAUAUCUAUCAUCAGUACCACUUUAAGUUUA